AUGCCAGUCCGAGAUGAAAGUCCCACGCGCACUGAUUGUAUAACUGAGGGAACGAAAAGGAACUUGGAAAGGACUGUGACACUGCGCAACAGAGAGAAACGGCAUCAGUUGAGGAUUGUCUAUAAAGUCAUUUUGCUUGGUACUGGGACUUUGGAAGUUAGCCGGACGUCUGACAAGUUUGGAAGAGCGAGUUGUGUACAUAAACAGGUGUGUUUUGAUUUUAUGUUAAUAAAAUAAUUGCAUUUCAUGUGAUUCUAUUUCAGAUCAUUUAGUAUUCGUCAUAGAGGAUCAACCCAUAGGCAUAUGCAUAUUUCUGCAAUGCGUGCCAACAGAAACAAACAACUGUAAACUGCCUUAAUAUUCGAUAAAAAAAAAUAAAAAUAUAUAUUUUCUAUAACAGGAAAGGCAAUUGAUGACGAUGGCAUUCUUCAUAAUAGGGCUUAUGCCAAUGCCACCAAACAACUAUAAUGCAUUAUGGUAUUGUAUCAACAAGAAAGCGUGAUACCACUAUCUUUAUGUAUUAACCUGAUAUAGACUGCAUAUAUAGAUUAUAUGGUUUGUAUUGUACAAUAUUCAAUACUAUUGUCAGUGUCAAAUACAGUUAUAUUGUUUGUUAAUCAUACAGUCUAGACAGAGUUGAGUCUGUGCGUAAUACACUGUUGCUAUUCAUGAUUUAUAGGCCUAUAGUAAACUGUGCUACUUUUUCGCACGACUUCACAAUCACUAACUAGGACGACUUAGUUGUAGAACAAUUUUGUGUGUCCUUAGAAAUAGAUUUAUUUGGUUGUUGGUGUGUUUAGGAAAGUUCACCCGAGUCCCCAUUGAACGUUUUUUAUCCUUCGGACUCAGAUAUCAAUCUAUUGUGGCAUUUUCGAUACAAUUCCACUCAAAAUUGGAUUUAAAACGGUACUGAUUCCACUCAGCAAAUCAAAUUUAACUGUUGAUGCAGGAGAUAUUUGGUCCGGUUGUUACCGUGUUUGUUGACUUGGCUCUGUAGACUACCCUCAAUUUAAUCUGAGGGUUUUAUAACCAGAUUAAAUCCCGCCAUGUCCCAGAUUGACAGCAUCUCCAAAACCACCAUGGCAUAAACAGCAGGGAACCACCGAGUUUAUCCCCAAAGUUUCUCACAUUAGAUCGUCCUACAAAGGAAGGAAAUUAUUAUGCAUAGAUAGUGCUAUUUUCAAUUUGAAUAAGUUGUUUUUGCUGUCAGAGUUGAGAGAUGUUCUGUAUCUGGUAAAAUGUUCAUCCAUUCUGUUGGAAUGGAAAAUGAGCUGUCCCUGCCAGUGUGCGCUGUCCACAUGACAGUGCUGAAAUUAUACUCUCUUGUCUAUGUAUAGGCAAACAGUUUACUGGGAAUUAAGUUAAAGAGAUAGGUCGACCAAUUCCAAUUGCAAACAAUGAAGAAAAAUAAAACAGCUGAUUCAUGAGCUUGACCAAAUGUGUUUUGUUUUCCUCAGAUCACAAUGAUGACCAAACGAUUUGGUAAGCCUGGAGGAGGAGACAUGCCUGAGCUGGUCAGUUCCCUGGCCUGGCUGGAGGAGGACCUGAGCUCCCAGGAUGGAGAGAGAGGUCCAGAGAUGGGCGGGCGCUACGGCCUGGGCCCAGGAGGCUGUGGGAGCAUAGAGCUGGGCAGCGAAGACAUGGAGGAUCAGGAGGAGGAAGACAAUUAUAAUGAUGAUGACGAGGAGACCGGAAUGGAUGGAGAGAACAAGGCGCCCAAACGGAGGGGGCCCAAGAAGAAGAAGAUGGCCAGAGGCAGACAGGAGAGAUUCAAGGCGAGACGCACCAAGGCCAAUGCCCGCGAGCGCUCCCGCAUGCAUGGGCUGAACGACGCGUUAGAUGUGUUACGCAAGGUCAUGCCCUGCGCCGCCAAGACCCAGAAACUGUCCAAGAUUGAGACCCUGCGGCUGGCCCGCAACUACAUCUGGGCCCUGUCUGAGGUGCUGGAGAGUGGUCAGUCCCCAGAAAGCCACGGCUUCACAGAGAUGCUGUGUAAAGGCCUGUCCCAGCCCACUAGCAACCUGGUGGCUGGGUGUCUCCAGCUGGGGCCUUCUUCCCCCAUGAUGAUCAACAAGCUGGAUGACAAGCCCUUUGGAGGAGCUCCAGGAGUUGUUAGUGGUGUAGCACGGCAGCCUGGUGGCCAUCACCCCCUGAGUGGUCACUACCCCUCUCCGGGCCUGCCUAGCCCCCCCUACGGGUCCCUGGAGGCCUCCCACCUCCUCCAUAUGAAGAGCUUCGAGGGAGGGCCCUACGAGAAGCACCCUUCCCCUAAUGAGUGUAGUAGCAACGGCACUCCCCCUUACGACGGGCCCCUCACGCCCCCCCUCAGCAUCAGUGGCAACUUUGCCCUGAAGCAGGAACCCUCCCCCCACGAGGCUGAGAGGAACUACCCCUCCCACCCUGCCCAUUACCUCUCGUCCCUACCCCACUACCCCCCCUCCUCCCUGGCCGGGCUGCCAGGGCCUCAGGGCCACCUCUUCCAGGCCUCGCGCUACGAAUUGCCCCUAGACAUCCAGGCCUUCGACUCCUUCCCUCCACCACACAUGGUCGCCUCACAGAUGGGUACUAUCUACAGUGAGUGA